CGACAAACUUACUUUCAAGCCAUAAAGUAGCUAGCGGUAGCAUUAGCUAACAGCUGUCUACAAUGUGGAAAGUCAAACCCCCCCUCUCUUUAGUUUGUUAGUCGCUAUGGUAACCGUAUUCUGUGACUAUUAAUCUUGGAUAGCUAACGUUAGGUUACAUAAAGCUAGGUAACGUAGUUAAUGCUAGUCAACAAACGAUGAUAAAGGUUUAACGGGUAAAAAAACGGACAAAGAAUGCCCCAAAGCAACACUCAAAUAGACAGUUUGGUGGACAACCUAAUAGAAGAUGAGGCUGAGAAAGAGAGUCUUCUUGCCAAACCAACCUGCUUCAUCAUAAUUGGAAGACCGGGUGUGGGCAAAUCCACCUUGGCUAAAAAAGUUGCAGAGUCUUGGAAGUGUAUCUUAAUUGAUGAUACAGAUGUGCUCAACACACACAUUAAAAAUAAAACAAAGCAAGGCAUAGAGCUCUUGAAUAUCUUAUCUGGGGGGAGAAGUAUCCCAGAAGACAUGGUGCUCCAGCUGAUUCUUGCCAGGCUUAACUCACCAGACGUGGAGCACUAUGGUUAUGUACUGAGCUGCCUGCCGUUCAUGUCAGAGAAGUGUCUGAAGAUUCAUCAGCAGAUUGAGCUGAUCAAAAACCUCAAGCUAACACCUGAUUUCAUCAUCAACAUCAAGUGUGCUGACAAGGAUCUGGUCCAUAGGCUGUCAGGUCUGAAGCAGCACCCAGAGACAGGGCAGCUGUACAACAGGGAUCAGUGGAAGCGUGAGGAGGUGUUUCACAAGAAGAAGGAGAACAAGGAAGAGGAAGUGGCGGAUGAGGAGGAGCAGGCUGGGGAAAAGGAACUCCAAAAGGAUAUUAUUGACCAGAUGGUGUGGACACCAGAGAAUUUGGCCAGAAAUGCCUUUUCUAGAAUCGACAUAUACAAGGAUACCAUGCUCAGGCCACUAGAGGACUAUAUGACGGCCCACAACCCCCUCUACCUGUUGGAGCUGGAUGGAAACAACACAACUGAAGAGCUGCACUCGUCUGUAAUGUCCCGUCUUGGAUGCAUGGCAAUAAAGCGAGUCUCCGUUCCAGUCCUCCUCCACCAGACUGAUGAAGAAUUGCCAGAGGACAUUAACACGGAGGACCUACUGAGAAUGAUGUCAUCCUUCGGGGCAGUGGCCCCUGGCUUUAGAUGGAGAAGGAGCCGCUGGGGCCGAACUUGUCCUGUUGCUCUGAAGGAGGGCAAGGUCAUUCCUGGCAAGCCUGAAUUAUGUGUGGGCUUCCAGGACAAACUGUACAUCCUCUCAUCUCAGGAGGCCUACCAGAAGUUUGUCACAAACCCACGGCGGUACUUACUUCCUCCGAUGCCCAGGCCUCCUUGCAAAGUUUCCAUCAUUGGACCCCCACAGGCAGGGAAGAGCACUCUAUGUAAGCUUCUAGCUCAGCACUACAAUGCAUUAGUGCUUGAUAUGGAGGUAUUGGUGCAGCCGGUUCUGGCCAGCGUUGAGCAGGAGAGGCUUGACAAAAUCAAAGAGGAGACAACACAGGUUGCUAUAGAGAAAAUCAAGAUGACGAUGGAGCAGGAUGGCGUACAGAAUUUGGUGACAGAGGAUAAUCCAGGGGUACAAGCCAUGGUGCUCACUGCAUUGGAAGAAGCCAAACAUAUGAGCACAUCUCCCUUCAGCCUGUAUGCCGAGGUACUGGAGAAGCAUAUAAAAGAGAUUGAAGAGACUGACACUGAAGAGGCUGACACUGACGUAUAUGUCAGGGCUGGCUGGGUGCUUGACAACUUUCCCAAGAAUGUUCCCCAGAUGAAUGCCUUACAGCAAGCAGCAAUCCUGCCAGACAUCCUCUUCUGUCUCAGUGACAGUGAUGGAAAUCAGGUAUUGAAGAGAUUGUAUGAAAUGAACAAGGACAGCGUGGACAAAGCAGUGAGGAAGAGAUUGCAAGACGAACAAUCUGAGAAGGAGAAACAGGCCUUAAAUCAGAAGGAGCAAGAAUCAGAGGUAGAAGCCAAGCCUGCAGAACUGCAAACAAAUCUAGAGACAGUUGUCGAAGAGGCCGAAGAAAAUCCUGAACAAUAUGACACCACCAGCCUUGCACAUCCUAACAUAAUCAAAAAGGAAGCUGUGGUGCUACCUGAUCAUUGGGAGUUGGGUCAUCCAGACGGCCCAGAGAUGAAUGACUAUAAACUGCAACUGCAACAGUUUGUUUCCGAAUGGGAGCAAAUCCAGUCCACUUUAACUAUCGCCCACUCAGUACUGGAAAUUGGCGGCAAAAGCCCUGAGGACCUGCUUCAAGAGAUGAUCCUUCAGAUGGAGAAACCCUUUCAGUAUGUGUCCUGGGAGCUGUCAGCGGUGGACCUGGACGAGGAGGCAGAGGAUAUCGGGGCCUUAGCUGAGCUGGAGAGAGCCGAAGAAGGCAGCAGUGACAACAACGCAGAGGAGAACUAUGAACAGGAGGACACAACAGCCAAGAGAUUAUUAGGUGAUACCCAUCAUUUCUGUCCCGUGGCCUUAAAAAAACAUAAUAUCCUGUGGCCCUGUAUGGACGAAAUUGCAGCCAAGUACCGUGAGAAGACCUUCUACUUCUCAAGCCUAGAAGCCAGGGACGCCUUCCUUCAAAACCCUGCACAAUUUGUUGCACAGACUGAGCCUCUCAAGCCUCCUGCCCUGCGGAUCUUUUUGCUUGGCUCCCGAGGGUCAGGCAAGACCACUCAUGGUGAGUGGCUUGCCCAGCAGCUUGGCAUCUUCCAUAUUCAGUUCAGGGAGCAACUCCAAAUGCUCAUCAUGGCCAAAACAAAGAAGAAGGUACCUUAUGCUGAUGAGGUAGCAUCUUCAGAGGAGUCUCCUGAGGACUUGGAGGCCCUGAUAAAGCAAGCCAGGGGGGAUGACGAGAAGGAGACGGAGGAUACCUCUGCCAACAUGAAUGACAUGGAGCAACAAGUGGUACUGACUGAUGAGGAAAAAGCCAUCAAAGCCUACCUGUCUGAUGGAGAUCCAUUGACUCCAGAGAUCCUGGAUAUGGUUAUUGCACCAUACUGGAAACAGGAACCAUACAUGUCUACAGGUUUUAUUUUGGAGGGCUUCCCUCACAAUCCUGUUGAGGUGGAGUACAUGUUGCAGGGACAUCUUUUCCCUGAUGUUGUGGUAAUCAUGGCGGUGGAAGUGUCGGAUGUUCAGAAGCGUCUGUUGCCGACAUACCUGGAGAAUUGGCGUGAGCGCCGCAACCAGCGUGAAGCACAGCUGAACCUCCUUCGUGAUCUACGUAAGAAGAACCGGGAAGAGAACAUUGUCAAGAGAAGGGCUGAACUCAUGGCAGAGCAAGGCGAUCAGGCAUCAGGCAAAACAAAGUUCAGGUAUCGUGAGGAUGAAGAAGAAGAUGAAGAGGAUGAAGCUGCAGGCAACAAAGAGGAUGAGAUAGAGGCCAUGCUGGAGGAGGAGUUUCCUGUAGAAGAGGAUAACGAAGACACAGAGAAUGAGGAGACUGAGGAGGCAGCAUCUGAGAGGCUGGAGAUGGCUAUAGAAGAGCGUUUUGUGACAGAUGAAAACAGGCUUGUUACUGUGACGGAGCUCUUGAGUGAACAAAAAAUACCCAAAGUGUCAAUCAGUGCAUCUCGCAAGCUCCGGAUCGUGCAGCACCAGCUGCUCCAGAAAAUCCUGCCCCUGCUGACCAAUCGGGAGUCACUCUUCCAAAAAUGCCAACCCAUCUCAUACAGCCUGGCACAUCAGCUGCUGCUCUCCUCGUACAAGCUCCACAGUGCGUUUGGCUGCUGGGACCCCAUAAAGCAAUACAAAGAGAGAGAUUUGAUUCAGCCUCUGCAGUGGCCUCUCAAUACCACAUAUCCCCUGAUCUUCCAUCAGUAUAUCUACUUCUUUGCGUCCAAGGAGAACCGCAACACAUUUAUGCUGAACCCCUUGAAGUACCUUAGGCAGCCAAAGCCCACCCCGUCUCUUCCUGUUAAAAUGGCUGUUGUUGGACCACCCAAAUCUGGAAAAACCACUGUAGCACAGAUGUUUGCUCAGAAAUAUGGGUUGGCACGGCUGUCCAUUGGCGGUGUUAUGCGCAUGGUGCUUAACACUCAGGAGCACACUGAUCUGGCUGUCCAGAUGAAAAAGCAUCUCUCCCAGGGACUCGUUGUGCCUGAUGAACUGGCCAUUCAGUGUCUGGAGGUGGCACUCAUGAGCUCUGUCUGCAGCAAUCGAGGGUACGUGUUGGAUGGCUUUCCGAAGACACUUAAGCAGGCAGAGCUAAUGGGGUCUCAGAGCAUCAUCCCCAUGAUAGUAGUUGAGCUGGGGCUGGACACAGUGGAGGUGCUGAGGAGAGGCCUUGUGGACAAGAUGAAGCCCAACAAGCCUCACCUGAUGCACGACAGCUCCGAGAUCCUCCAUGUGUGUAACUCCUGUUACAAGCAGGAGAUGGAGCAUGUGAGGCAACACUUCCAGCAGCAAUAUCAGAACUGGAUCCUGCUCGAUGGCUUAAAGAGCCGAUGGUGGAUCUGGAACAGCAUCAUAAAGGAGGUCACCAUCAGCAUGAGAUAUAUCCACAGCUACCUGGAGAGGACGUACAGCAGGCAAGCAGCCUGUAUCAACAGACUGUGCAUCGCACCCAAGGAGCUGCAGUAUCGGCUUGGAGAGUUUGCCCAGUACUGCCCGGUCUGCUUGGCUCUACAUUACCACCUGGUGGACUGCUCAGAAAGUGCAGCCUUAACUCAUGCGGCUGAGUACAUGGGACACUAUUACAAGAUGUGUGGCGAAGACCAUUUAGAGCGGUUCCUGACCACCCCAGAUCAGUUUGUGACUCCUGGCUGCCCACACACUCUCCCACAACCCCACCUGCUGCCAAGAAAGCUAACUGAGAGUCAGGUGAAGAACAGGUUCCCACAGCAAGUUGAGAUGAAGGGCUUUUGCCCGGUCACUUAUGUGGAUGGAAAGCAAAGGUAUGAAGCCCUGGUUCGAGGAAAGAUGGAAUACGCUGUGGAAUACAGAAAACAGAUCUACAUUUUUGAGACAAAGCAGAAACAGGACAAGUUUUUGAGGAUUCCUGAAACCUACUGGGACCAGAAGUUGCCCAGUAAAGUUCCUCCUCUUUGUGAGCCUGUGCCCCUCACCUCCCUUCCAACGUUGGGCUACCUGGAACAGGGUGUGGCAGUAGCAGUCAUUAAGGCCAUGACAGCUGUUGGGUGUCUCAAACCAAAGUAUCCCUUCCUCAGUAUACAAAGAUCAGCACUCCUCUAUGCGGCCUUCUAUCUGAAAGCUUUCAACCACAAGAGCAAGGACUACACACGCCAGAAGUACAAAAAAAAGCUGGCCUUGUUUGAAGAGAACUGUGCGCUCAUUCCCUACCUGAGCUCAACGAUGAGAGGGAACUACAGACCUCCCAGUGAACGUCCCAUUGACUUUGAGUUCAAACUGAAUAGGUUCCUGGCCUUAGGAGACUUGCCAGGAGCCAAUGGUGUACUGUAGCUGUGCCUGUUUUGAAAGCUUGACUGCUUCCUGCUAUUUUAUAUUGUGUGAAGAACUGUGUGACAACAUGUAAUAAAGCACCCCUCACUGUCAGGGGUGGAAAAUUA